GCGCACUCCCGUUCCCCCCUCGUUCUCGCGCAUCUGGGAUCGAGAAAACGAUAAUCCUCUCGUCGUCGGCGACUCCCAAAUUACCACCUCGCCCCCAAUCGUCUUCGGCUCAGAUCGGCGUCCCAGAUCGUCGGAGCAUCGGGUUCACGGCGGAGACCAUGGAGACGCCGCCGCCGUUCCAGGAGUCGGCCCACUGCGACGUCUGCCGCUGCACCUUCUCCACUUUCCGCCGCCGCCACCACUGCCGCAGCUGCGGGAGGACGCUCUGCCACGAGCACUCUUCGUACCACAUGGCCCUGCCGCAGUACGGAAUUUACACGGACGCCAGGGUCUGCUAUGAGUGCUUCAGCAAAUCAUCAUCCAGGCGCGGGGGUGUUGAUAAUGCGAGCUCGCACAGCAGCGUUUCGGGUGCCACAGACUCCUUUUCAGGGCUGAAUUUGGAUAAAGACGAUGAUUCGUCGCCCACGAAAAGUUCCGCAGUUCAGAGUGCGGCUGCCGUUAUCGAGUGCAAAUGCGGGAUGCCUUUGUGCAUAUGUGAGGCACCAAAACCGGAACUGGCGCCUGUAAAGCAGAAUAUCAGUGCCGUUUCGUCAGCUGCGCAAUCAAACCCGAAGCCAAAAAAAGCUUCUAGCAACCAGCAGUCAGCUGAAUUAAGCUCGAAGAAGGCUUCGGCUACUUCCAGCAGCAACUCAAGCUCAUUCUUAAAUCUUGGCCUGAUGAGCAACGAUAGCAAUGAUAAGACUCCGUCUGACUAUGAAGUUACUGGAGAGGGACUGAGAGAAGCGAUUAAGGGUGGGGAUAUUAAAGCUGUGAAGAAACUUCUUAGCCAGGGAGUAGAUUCUAACUACUGCGACAAGCAAGGAUUUACUUUGCUACAUUUGGCUGCGCUAUUUAACCAGACUGACAUUGCUCUUAUUCUCAUGGAUAGUGGAGCAAAUAUUCAACGCAAAAAUGGGCAAGGGGAAACUCCUUUGGAUUGUGCCCCGCCCAUGCUGCAGUACAAAAUGCGGCAGCGGGUGGAAGAGCUUGCGGCGUCACAAAGACCUGAGUGAGGCAGGAGAUGAUAUUUGGGCUCUUCUGCUGGCUGCCCCUCUUUCGAUGUGCCAACGACGAUUUGGAAAUAAAACACUCGAGGGGUUGGGUGAUUCAUUUGGGUAUCACACCAUCAUCACCAUCAUGUAUUAAUGUUGGAAUGUCACAGCCUCACAGGGUGUGGUUGUUUGAUCCUGAAUAAGUUGUUCUGCCCAAUCUUCAUAAUUUCUUCUUGUAUUUAUGUUUCGCAAUCAUGACUUCUUCCCCAGACUCAAUGUACACUAAUACUACUCCCUG